CACACAGCAUCAGGAGGCCGCCGCCCCCAACUAAUCUGACGUCACGGAUGUUGACAGUUGGUAGUAAAGGUGCAGUGAGACGUGAGGACUGUGAGGAGUCAGAGCGGAGGGUCAAGCAACAUGAACGUAGCCCACGAUUCUGAUUCUGAGAGGAAACCAAAACUGGGGACUGGCGCGCUGUAGUUGUUAGAUAGAGUGACAUUUAAAACCAAAGAAUCUACCUGUUCAGCCUAACCCAGAAAUCGUUGGGCUGGUAUAGACUGAAAUGUGCCCAGGGUUCAUGGAGGGAGGAGGGUGGAGUGAGACAUAGCAGGGGGAGGAAGAGUGAGCAGAGCCAGAAUGCAUAGACACACCCAGUCCAACAAAGUGUGAGAGAAAGCCGAGCAAAGAGUCGUGUGUGUGUGUAGCAAUAAGAGGGUGUGGCUUUUCUUUUUUACUCAGGCAGAGCAGAUAAGCUGAGUUUGCCUUGUAUAGAGGGGCAGGAUUCACAAUCCUGAACAGACAGUCGUUUAAUUUCACUCUGCACAUUCCCUCUCACUCUGAACCUCUCGUGUGCACCAGCGGUUUCAAGCAAGACUUGAGGAGGGGGGAAGCAACUUCCAGCACAGAGAAGUGAAAAAAAAAAACCAACCCACACACACACAAGAGGACAGCUUGAGAAAAAGUUCAACACGCAGCCAUGAAGGACAAAAUGAGGAAAGGAGGAGGAAGAAAUCAGGCCAAGGCUGAUGUUAUCAGCCUGAUUAGUGGUAAGGACGCUGUUGGAAUGAAGCAUGGCGAGGACACGUCGUUCCCUGUGAAGAUCCAGGGGGCAGGAGUCGAAUCAUUUGAGCUGCAGGUCCAUGGAUUUUGGCUUGUUCAAGAUGCGAUAAUGGCUCUGCUUUCGAGGGAUGAGGUGUGCCCUCGUUCCAACCUGUUGCUGGCAUUCGCUGGCACCACUCUGGACCCGCUUGCAGAACUGCAAAGCAUCAAGGGACUUAAACCAGGAGCCAUCCUUCGCCUAGUGGAAGAACCCUACACUGCCCGCUCAGCUCGGCUCCACCUGGCUCGUGUGCUGGAGCUGCUGAGAGUAUCCGGACCACAGGAUGCGCUGAGAGAAGGACGCUCACCAAGCAUACUGGAAACACUCACACACACACAAACACCAGACUCUAGCUUACCCAAUGGAAAGAACCUGAAACGCUCUUUAAGUAACACAAAAACGGAAACAGCUAACCAGGAUGGAGCUCCUCCUGAGUACCUCCUCCCUGGUUCCUCUGAGAGACCUCUCAUGGCCUUGCUACCACAGAGCUCCCAACCAGAAGCCCCCAGCUACUUGAAGGACUUGUCUCUCAGCUGCUGGAACCCACCUCCAGGACACAGGAAGAUGCAGGGAGACUUCCUGUACAUUACCGUAGUGACAAUAGAGGGAAGGCGGUGUGACAUCACAUCCUGUCCAAAAGGUUUCUUUCUCAACAGGUCCACAGAGGAUGUGUUUGAUCCUCGUCCUGCACAGUCUUCCUCAGUGUGUCACAGUUUCACAGAUGUGCUCUGUCACAUCAGCCCGGCCUUCAAACAAACUUUUACUGCACUCAAAAAUAGGCCACAGUUACCCCCAGUUGAGGUGAUGGCCACUCCCUACCACACGCUGAGCUGGCUCGGGCCUCCCUGUGCCUCUCGCACUCACAAAAAUACCUUCAGCAGACUGGGAGUGGAAGACGAGCCAGCGACACAGGCUCCAGACUGGAAUGAGGAGUUGCAAGCAGCCAAAGAUCUUCCACUUGGCAGUCUGGAGGAGAGGCUGCAGAGAGAGAGGGCUCUGCUGCAGGUAAACAGUGCGUUUGUUAGGGCCGUGAUGCAGGGCGCAGAGACUGUUGUGGACGGCUUUGUGGAGCCGGUGAAUGGAAACCAUGAGGACCCGGGUUUCCUGUGGGGGGGCCUGUUCAUGAGCCAAGGGGCAGCGUAUGGAAUGUUUGGUGGAGAAAGAGGCCGCAGGGCUGCUCAGAGGCUAGAGCUGAAAGGAGUUCAGGCCUACAGUAACGUAGAGAGCCUCCAGGCGCUGCACACUCUACCUACAGCCAUUGUGGACUACAGAGGAGUGCGUCUGUUGGCUCAGGGUCUAGCGCCUGGUUUGGAAGGCUCAGAGCAGGACCAGGAAGCUGCUGCUGCCUCAAGAGGCUUGCUGUAUGGGGUAAAUGCAGGCCCCCAGGAGUCCCCCCAGCGCAGACGACUACUAGAGCUCUUGGCUAGCGCUGCCAAGACUCUUUGUCUCCAGAGACAUGUUAUUUUGGCACCCAACGGUCACCAAGUACCGCUGUUCACUUCAGUGGAUGCCCAGGGACUGUUGGGGGCUGAUGGGCGGUUCUACAUACUGGAUGUGUUCAGGACUUUCCCAGCUGAUGCCAAUUUCUGUCCAGAGGGGGAGACAGAAAUUCAGACAGUCACUGGAGGUGAGGAGAGUAAUACAAACUGUGAGGAGGACGAGGAGAAGAAAGGCUGUGUGAAGGAAGGCUGGCCAGAGAACUAUCACUCAGACUCUGGGCUGCCAAAGAGCUUCACGCACAGUCUCUGUAGGCUGAAGCCAGAGCUGGUGCAGGCCUUCAUCCAGCACAAACACUGUCAGUUCACUCAGCGUGUCAGGGAGAUAUUGGACAAGAAUGGAGGCUUUGAAGAAUGUGCAACAGCUGGUGACUCUCGAGCUACUGAGGCAGUACGAGCUGCUUGUAAAGAAGUGGGCUCGGUCAGCGACAUCAUCUUUGAGAUGCGCUUCAACUCAAGCGUCUUCUCGCCAGGAGUAACCUUCCCUCCUGCUGAAAGUAAGUCGACGAAGCUACAGGAGAGGUUACUGAGGGAAGCUGCAUCUUUCAUCGUCACACACCAGAUACCAGCCUUUGUGGAGCAUUGCCUACAAACCAACGAGGCGCCAAUGGACGGAGCUUCUCUGAAGCAGGCACUACGCCAGAGAGGCAUCAACCUUCGGUAUCUCGGCCACGUGGUCAAGACCAUCAACCAGACAGAGCACAAAGAAAACCUGAGGCAUAUACUGAGAUUGGUCAUAGGUGACAUUUUCAUCCGCUCAACGAGACGAGUGUUCAACAACUUCCUCCAGGGUGUGGACAUACCUAGUCUCUCCGCAGCUGUCAGUCACUUCCUCUGCUGCCUAUUGGUUCCCCACUUCACUCCCACUACGGUGGGGGAAGAGACAAAAAAGAAGUCAAGGCGGCGCGGCCGAGGGGCUGGGGCCUCUGAAAGCACACCCUGGAGCACGCUUACAGGGGCUGAGCUGUGGAACCUGGUCUGCCAGGACGCUGCUGAGACAUAUAACAUCUCUGACAGCCUCGGCUCUGGUCCAAACCAUCUGGUGGAGCACUACGGCAUUCAGAAGCUCUCUUUGCUGAGAGAGUUCUGUUUGAAGACUGGAGUACAGUUGAGACUGAGAGACUACUCCCUCGACAACCAAAAUAAAGCUCCCAUCGGUCCCGACGACAUCUUCAACAUCGUCCCCAUCGUCAAGCACAUUCACAUGCCAACCGUGGACGCUUCAAAAGCACAUCGCGCCGCGCAUACUUCCAUUCAGAAAGGUCUGCUGGAUCAGGCCCACGAGCACCUGAAAGAAGCUGUCUACCUGUUUGGUAGAGUGUGUGAUGACCUCCACCCUGAGGCCUGUUACUGCCACAGCCUGCUGGCCAAGGUGUCCUUCCUGCAGGGGAAGGCAGCUGAGGCUCGCAGCAUCCAGCUGAAAGCAGUGGUCAUCAGUGAGAGAGUGCUUGGAUUUGACCAUCCAAACACCAUCCUGCAAUAUGCCCUCCUGGGUGUGUACAUGUUUGCUGGAGGGGAGACGGCCCUGGCCCUGAAGUGUCUCCUCAGAGCUCGUCUGCUGACACUAACAGUCCAUGGAGAGGACCAUCCAUACAUAGCAACACUGGAUAGCUGUCUUGGGUUGGUGGUGACAGGAGAUCAGAGAGGGCAGUACUUAAAGAACGCCCUCAAACUCAACACCUCCUUCUUCGGCCCCGAAAAUCUACACACUGCUCUCAAUCAGCACCUGUUGGCCCAGUGGAUGUGCAGCAAGGGUGACUACCGAAGUGCUAUGACCCACGAGAAGGAAGCCCUCGCUGCUUUCACCUCCUUGUUUGGUGAGGAUCACUCUCAGACCCGCUGCAGCAAAGAGUUUCUGGGAGUCAUAACCAAGCAGGCGGUGAAGGUGGAGCGCUCUCUCAGACAGGCAGGAGCUGACUGCACGGAGCAGGCAGUGGAGUGUGUGACUCCAACAACUGACACUGUGCUGGAGCAAAUGGUCCUGGUGAUGGGGGUCAGGAAGAUUACACACAGUGACAAGUUCCAGGAGUAUAAGCAGAAACACCUGGAACUGAAGGCAGCAGUGGCAAGGGAGCUGGGAUUCAAAGUAGUCAACGGGGUCGUUACCCCACUGGACGAGAGUGAGAAGAGCUCCGGUCAAGAAACAGGAAGCGGGAAGGAAGCUGAUGAUGGAGGAAGCUCAUCAGUGGAGAAUGCUGGUGAGGGCCAACAGGAGCAGCCAGCGGAGGAGACCUCAGUGGAGACUGCUGCUGUAGAGUCAGCUAAUGGUCAUGUGGUGGAGCCAGCUGAAGGGAGCCAGCAUGAGGGCAGUGACAGAGCAGCUUCAGAGGUCAAGAUAGUGAACGGGGAGUCAGAGGUUACGGCUACAGGAGAGGAAGAUGAGACGAGCACAGCCAAUGGGGAGGUAAAGUCAGAGUCAGAGGAGGUUAAUGGUGAAAUAAACGGAGCUGUGGAUGUCCCUGCCAGCCCAUCAGUCCUUAAGAGUAAAGGAACCUGGGCAGAUGUUGUUUCAAAAGCUGCCGUAGUCAACGGAACAGGGGACAAAGACGCAGCAGUGAAUGGAGUGGCAGAUAGCAUCACUGCUAACGGCGUCGCCAAGGAGUGAAAACAUUAUCAAGCAGGGAAACAGUGUUGUAGUCGAGUUUUUCUGAGUCACUGCUGUAAGAUAAAAGUCUCCCAGGAUUCCAGAUGUAGGCUGAUCUGAUGCACAUGAAGCAGAGCAUGAGAGGACAGAGAGUCGGAUCAUGAGUAUUACUUUGUGUUGGUGAUGUUGAUGGUGCUGGGAGAGGGCUGUGUGUUGAGUGUGUGUUUUGUUUCUUCAAAAAUAAACUUUUUACUUUUGUUCGUUUUUUGGCACAUA